CAGCCACCUACCAAAAUCCAAUAUUCCAAUGCUAUAGAAAGUGCGUUUCAGCGCGGCAGAGCCAAAACUAUCAAAUUGUCUGAUCUCUUCAAUCACAAAAACAACUCACUUCCCCCCUGCACAGUUGCUAUCACUACCCAUCCAUGGUCACUCUGCAAACCCACUCCCAAUAUCUCAGCUUCACCAUCUCUUCUUCUCCAAGGUUACUGCAUUUUAGAAACCCAUCAACUCUUUCCUUUCACGGGAAGCUCUUAUUUCCCAGGAAAACCGUUGGGGUCCGGAGGAAUUCAAGUUUACAAGUUAAAGGGGCUUAUACAAAGGAUGACUCCCUUCCAACUGUUGAUGAGGAUCGAGGGAUCGAGAGGCCUCCGUUCGAUAUCAAUUUGGCUGUCAUUCUUGCUGGUUUUGCAUUUGAAGCGUAUACUAGCCCUCCAGAAAAUGCAGGAAAGCAUGAAGUGGAUGCGGCAAAUUGCCAAACUGUUUUUCUUUCAGAGUCAUUUGUACGUGAAAUUUAUGAUGGUCAGCUGCUCAUAAAACUGAAGAGAGGUAUUGAUCUUCCUGCCAUGGAUCCAUGGGGGACAAGUGAUCCAUAUGUGAUCAUGCAGUUGGAUAGCGCUGUUGCCAAAAGCAAGGUCAAAUGGGGGACCAAAGAACCAACUUGGAAUGAGGAGUUUGCUCUAAAUAUCAAACAACCACCGGUUAAGGAUCUUCAGACUCACUGUAUGUUUGGUCAUAUGGAACCUCAUUUUAGCUUGCAGCUUGGGAUGGUAACCUUGUGACUCCACAUAAGCGCAUGGGAAAUGCAUCCGUUAAUUUGGAAAGCCUUUGUGAUGGAGAAAUGCAUGAAGUGGUUGUUGGUUUGCAGGGCAUGGGAGGUGGUGGAAAGUUACAGAUAGAGAUUAAAUACAAGAGUUUUGAUAAAGUUCAAGAAGAAAAGAAGUGGUGGCACAUUCCAAUAAUUACAGAACUUCUUGAGAGAAAUGGUUUUGAAUCUGCAUUGAAGACAAUUCUUGGCUCAGAGGUGGUGCAAGCACGGGAGUUUGUUCAGUUUGCUUUUCCACAGCUAAAGUUGUUUAAUAACGCUGACAUUCAAAAGGAGCAGACUUCAAAUGAAACUGAUGAAAUAGUAAAACCUUCUGAGCAUUCUAUGGAACAUGUUGCAGUUUCAACAUUAGAUAUCUCUUUAAGUUAUUCAAACCGGCCAGAUAGGCUUCAAGAUCCAGAGUGCUCCCCAAGUGGCUCAAAGCGGGAGGAACUUAAUCCUUCAGGGACUCACGUUGUUGAGGCCUCGCUGUCUGAUAAGAGUUUUUGGAAAAACUUCGCUGAAAUGGUGAAUCAUAAUGUUGUUCAGAGACUUGGUUUCCCAGCUUUUGAGAAAAUAAGGUGGGAUGAAUUGGACUUCUUAAAUAAAAUUGGGUUGCAAUUUCAAGAAGUGGCAGAGGCAGGUUAUAUUGAAUCUGGACUUGCUACUCCUGAAAAACAGGAGACUCUUAAUAGUGAUGGAUCAACUGAACGGUCUGUAUCAAAAAUAAUUAACACCAUUCAGUCAUCUUUGCCAGAUAUAAAGAAGGCAACAGGAGAUUUGUUACGACAGGCUGAUUCCAUUUUGGGUGCUCAUAUGGUUCUAAAUUCUACAGCUUCCAAGUUGAACAAAGAAGUGAGACUUAUAGGAAGUGGUGACACAAAUAAGGACUCAGCAAAUGAAAUAAAGAGUGAUGUUUAUGGAUAUUCAAUGCAUAACUGCGGAACGUUGUUAAAUGAAAAGAAUGCCGAGGAAAUGAGGGAACUUUUUACAAAAGCAGAGACGGCUAUGGAGGCUUGGGCGAUGCUAGCCACAUCCUUGGGGCACCCAACUUUUAUCAAAUCUGAAUUUGAUAAGAUAUGCUUCUUAGAUAACUCAUCCACUGACACUCAGGUUGCGCUUUGGCGAGAUCAAUCUCGUAAAAGAUUAGUUGUUGCUUUCAGAGGAACAGAACAAGCUAGAUGGAAAGAUCUUCGGACGGAUUUAAUGGUGGUUCCAACAGGGCUAAACCCUGAAAGGAUAGGAGGUGAUUUCAAGCAGGAAGUUCAGGUUCAUAGUGGUUUCUUAAGUGCAUAUGAUUCUGUCAGAACAAAGCUUAUCUUACUUAUCAAGAAAGCAAUCGGAUAUGUAGACAAUGGCAUCAAACCAAUACCUGAGUGGCAUGUUUAUGUAACUGGUCAUAGCUUAGGUGGCGCUUUGGCUACGCUUCUUGCUCUUGAAUUAUCAUCAAGUCAAUUGGCAAAGAGGGGAGCUGUCUCUGUGACUAUGUACAAUUUUGGAUCUCCAAGGGUUGGGAACAAACCAUUUGCUGAAGUGUAUAAUGAGAAAGUUAAAGAUAGCUGGAGGGUUGUAAAUCACAGAGAUAUAAUUCCAACAGUUCCGCGUUUAAUGGGCUACUGCCAUGUAGCUCAACCUGUUUAUCUCGCAGCAGGAGAUCUGAAACAUGCAAUGCCUAACAUCGAACAAUUGGAAGACGGUUACCAAGGAGAUAUUAUUGGGGAAACCACACCUGAUGUUAUUGUCAGCGAAUUUAUGAAAGGCGAGAAGGAACUUAUUGAGAAGAUAUUGAACACGGAGAUCAAUAUCUUUCGAGCUAUCAGAGAUGGAAGUGCACUUAUGCAGCAUAUGGAAGAUUUCUAUUAUAUAACACUGCUUGAGAAUGUGAGAUCGAAUUACCAAACUGUCACGUCACAACCAGCUGAAGAUAGAAGUACAUCAAUUGGUUGACGGAAGACAUGAUUGUGGUACAAUCACUUCAUGAUUUCUGUAAUUCCUGUAAUUGUGCUUUUUUGUUCAUCAAGAUGGUGGAUCUAGAAGUUUUUUCCUGAAGGGGCAUGGCCGCAUGGAAGAAUAGGUCGGGCCGGGCUUGACAUUGGUCUUUUCUAGUCCACACUUAAUUAAUUUCUUACAUCCCAAUUCCCAAAUAGAUUAAAUGUUGUCAGUUUCAAGCAAUGCACAUCUAUAGGUUUUAUUGGAUUAUUAUAGAUUUAGUUUUUGAUCCAUAAAGAUUAUUUUGAACAACAAUAUUAAGUUUUUUUGAAAGACAAAUGUAAUUCGAAUUAGAACCAAAAUAUCCUUGCACAAUUUCUGAUUUUGAAUUUGACUUGUAGUUAUAUUUACCCUAUUAAUGGUCAGAGUUUCAGUUCAGUACGAUUCAGG